AUGUCGAAUAACCAUCACUUUUAUAAUAAUUUUCGUGGGAAUCACCAUACAUUCCAAACCAUGAGGCCGCCGGGUGUGGUGCCCCCGCCGCCGCCGCCCCCUCGAUUAUUUUUUAUGCCGCCUCCUUCUCCGUCUGCACCCACAUUAGAAAUGUUAGAUAAUGAGUGCGCCAGAGAGAUGGAAAGAAAAUUACCAAAAGUUCCAAUAAAAAGAAAAACAAACACAGUCUCAAUAUCUGAAGUCCGUAAUAAACUUCGAGACUUGAUUUUGACUUUGAACGACUUGAGAGAUAGAGAAAAUCUUCUAACUGACAAGAUAGACUCCUGUUCAGAUAAGGAAUGGAGGUCAGAACUUGAAGAGGUGAAGUUGAAGAAGGCAUUUGUUAGAGAAUCACUUUCAGAAAUUAAAACUACCUACACGAGUAAUCUAGGGAAGGCUAUAGCAAAGAGAACUGCUAAAAGACAGCGCUUGAAGAGACGUAACAUAGAACUAAAGAGGGCCAAAGAAGAGAGAAUCAAAGAGUUAGAAGAGAGAUCGAGGAAGAUUGAUGAGAACUUGCAGAAGAUUAAGGAUGCUGUCAUCAAGGCUAAAGAGGAAGAAGAAGCAAAACUUCAAGCAGAUGUUAUCCUGAAAGAGGUGUUACGGAAGAAACAUAAUGCCAAGAAGUUUAUUACAAAACUGGAUGCAUUAAAAAAAUUGCGCAAAGCAAGAAUGAACACAGCCAAAGGACGAGGGGAAAAUGUUUCAGAAAAAGAAGCAGAAGAAUUUGAUGGCAAAAUUGAUAAACUAAAGUUGCUUUGGGGCCAAAAACUAAUCGGUUAUGAGAAGGAAGAACAAGAUCUCCGUGAUAAACUGAAGCAAGAUAGUGAUGAGCAAAAAGCCGCCAAAGCUAACGAAAUGGAGAAACAAAUGACUUUUAAUUUGAGAAAGUGGAAAAGAGCUCUCUUUGGGGACUCCACUGCAAACCCACAAGUGAACUUCAAUGGGCAUGCGGAGAGAUUUGUUGCCGUCAGAUGUCAAUGGGAUCAAUUCCUGGAUAGUGCUGGGACCCCUCUUCCUGUUGGCUGGGUGGUGCCAGCGAAGCCAGCGGACUCAUAGAUUCCCUAUUUACUACUGGCCAUCAAGCACCCUUUAAAUUACAAUCAAAUUGUUUACUGGUAUGCGCGAAGUAAAACGAGCGCCUGCGCUAUGGUCUGACGAUUUUAUAAGGAGGCUUAUUGUAUGCGGUGAGGUCUUUCUUAUAUUUUCCUGCUAGUUUCAAUGGUUGAUUUGACCCAUGCUCA